UGGGGCUUGUUCGUGUUGUUGAUGAUGAUAGCGUCGACCGAGGGCAGUUUUGGAUAGUACCGCGCGCGAUUCUCGCUAGAUGGAAACCAGCUGAGGAAAUAAACCUUGGAGUCAGUCGGUGUUUUUCUCUCGAACGGUACGCUCGACUUUCCAGCAACUUUCGCUUCGCUGAAUUCCGGCGGUGACUUCCGGCGUAAACGACGUGUGCGAAAGGAACGCGAACUUGCUUGUUGAUUCUCUUGAGACGGUGCAAAGUGGUUGACUUCCGGUGGGUGGCAUACGCAAACAGAAAGCAGUGUAGUAGAAAAUCGUUCAACAAGUUGUUUUGUUUGGAAACGUUUUAGUUCAAACAAUUAUAAACGGAAAAAUGUCGCCGCAUCUUCCGGAAGUAAGAAACUUGAAGGAACUGCUGGAGCCGGUAUUGGAACCGGGCAAUAAAGUGAUAGGUUUCUCGUCGAAAUCACUGACGGCUCCCGGGGACAACUAUGGCAGCACAAUGCUUGCCCUGACAGUGGAUAUAGUUAGCGAAACGGAUGAGUCAUCAAAACAGCGCCGGAGAUGGGUCCGGAGUUGCCCGAUAUUUUGCUGUAGAAAAUGCAUUAAUAUGAAGCAAUGGAAUAUUGCGCCCAAACAGAUCCAUGUGGUAGCGAAAAUGCGCCCCACCAGUGAGGAGUUUUUGGACAUAUUUCAAAUUCACAUCACCUUUGCGAUGGAAGCGGCCCUCUAUACGGAAAUCGUUCCGGUUUUGGUUGGUCUGCAGCGAGAACUGGGAUGUCCGGAGAACAGGACGAUAGAUGUGUUUUCUCGCUGCUACAAUGCCCGGGUAUCGCUGGAUCCGGAGAGCUCCAAGGUGGACGCCGAUGGGGUCAUCCUGUUCGAGAACCUAAAGACAGCCGGCUUCGUGACCGGUAAUCGCCGGAAAGGGUUCCCCCGGGACACGGCCGAUUUUGUCUUGAAGAAAUUGUCUCUCUUCCACGCUCUGCCAGUGGUUCUGCGCUACCGGAAGCCGGAUGUGUUCGAGAAUCGUGUUAACAAAUACCUGGUACAAAUCGACAUAGAUGCCGGACUGGGUGGGGAAACCAUUGCCCAAAUGAUUGAGGUACUGCGGGUGGAUUUGGGCAAGGCUGGAAUCGAAGAGCCACAAGCCGGUAGAAUUAUGGAGCUGGUCAAGAGCUGCCGUCAUCGGCAGGCGAAUCUUGUAGCUGAUGAGCUGAACGAGUACACCUCGAUGCUGCACAAUGAUUUGUGGGUGAACAACAUGAUGAUAAAAUAUGAUUCCAAAAAUCGGCCAUCGGAGCUGAAGUUCGUGGAUUUCCAGCUGAUCCAGUUAAAUUCGCUUGUUCGGGAUGUUUUGUUUUUCAUAUUCACCAGCGUUACGGAGUCUGAUUUCGAAGAACAUGUUGAUACCUAUCUGAGGAAUUAUUUCGAUUAUUUCCGACAACAGUUGGCUGAAUUGCAGUGCCCGUGUUUGGAAAAAUAUACAUUUGUAGGCUUUCUAGAAGAAGUGAAUCGCAUCGCUCCCCGAGAGUUCUACCAUAUCGUCAGCAUGCUGAGGGUGGUCCUGGCGCGGAAGGAAUCAAUUCCGGAACAAAGUGAUCUCGAUGCCCAGGUCUUCUGCAAUGACAAUCUGGUGGAGAAGGACUAUUUCGACCGGCUAGCGAUGGUGGUGCAAAUUUACGACCGAAAGGGAUGGAUAGGAGCUUAACGUCAUCCUCCGGACGCGAGUGCAAUUUAUAUCAUAGAGAGUUGAAUAUUGGUACUAUAUUUUGUUAGUAGAAUUUAUGGCGACAAUGGAAUCAUUCCUUGGAAAUAGUGUUAAUUAACUAUCGAAAGAGUGCAAAUAAAGCGUUGACCAAAUGAUAUUAUUUUAAUGUCGAUAUCUGUGGUAUCAGUCUGUUAUUAAGAAAAACAAAGAAUGAUGAUAUUAAAUAUUAUAUUUGAAUUCAAGAA